UCCUGUUUUUUCUGAAUCAGACCUCUGAGCUCUCCGGCACUCUGCGCUCCGGCACUCUGCGCUCUCUCAGCAUGCAGUCUGUACUCAGAUAUCUGGACCCGGGUCUUGUGAGCCUGGCCGUGUUGCUCGGCCUCGUCUCUCUGGUUCUGCUUGAGAUCUUCAAGUUGAGUUCCUCAAGGAGCCGCAGUCCUCCUGGACCCACGCCGCUGCCCUUCGUGGGAAACCUCCUCCACUUCAUGAAGGAUCCGUUAAACACCACAAGAUCGAUGGUGCAGUACGGCGAGUUGUGCUGCAUGUACGUGGGCCGGAGGCCGAUGAUCGUGCUGAACACCUUCGAGGCGGUGAAGGAGGCGCUGGUGCAGAAAGGCAGCGUUUACUCCGGGAGACCCCCCAUGCCUUUAAUAGAGUGGGUGACCAAAGGCUACGGUAUUAUCGCGGUCACGUACGGCCACGCGUGGAAGCAGCAGCGACGUUUUGCUCUCCACACGUUACGUAACUUUGGUCUGGGGAGGAAGACGGUUGAGGAGCGAGUGGCCGAGGAAGCGCAGUGUCUAAUUACAGAGAUGCUCAAACAUGAAGGGAAAGCGUUAAACCCCAUGCACCCCAUAAUGAACGCCGUCUCCAACAUCAUCUGCUCCAUCGUCUUCGGAGAUCGCUUCGAUUACAACAACAAGCGCUUCGCUAAACUUCUGGAAAUCCUGAACGAAAACAUUCAGCUCUCCGGCUCGCCUGUGGGAAUGAUCUUCAACUUGAUCCCUUUAAUAAAACAUUUCCCCGGGCCGCACCAGAAGGUCCGUCAGAACGCCGAUGCUUUAGUAGAGUUCAUUCGUGAGGUGAUGGAGGAACACAGAGAGAAGCUGGACGAGGAGAACCUGCGCGACUACAUUGACGCUUACCUGGUGGAGAUACGCAAGCAAGAGUCAAUAGAAGAUUCAACGUUUCAUGAGGAGAACCUGCUGAUGUCCACCGCCGAUCUCUUCCUGGCAGGAACGGAGACCACAGCCACCACUCUCAGAUGGGGUCUGAUUUUCAUGAUGAACCACCCAGAGAUACAAGAACGCUGUCAUGAGGAGAUCGUCCGUGUGCUCGGUUACGAUCGAGCUCCCAGCAUGGACGACCGCACCAGGAUGCCGUACAUUCACGCCACCGUACACGAGAUCCAGCGCUUCGGGAACAUCGUUCCACUCGGUGUGAUUCACCAAACUACAGAGACGUCGCAGCUACGAGGAUACACCAUCCCUAAGGGAACUGAGAUUGCACCCAAUUUAAUGGCCAUAAUGCAGGAUAAGGAGCACUGGAAACACCCAGAUAGCUUUAACCCCGAGAACUUCCUGGAUGAGAACGGACAGUUCUGCAAAGAUGAGUUCUUCCUGGCGUUUUCUCUGGGUCCGAGGGUGUGUCUCGGCGAGUCCCUUGCGAGGACGGAGCUCUUCAUCUUCUUCACGUCUCUCCUGCAGAGGCUGCGGUUCUCCUGGCCACAUGAUGCUCCGCCCGUCAACAUGGACGGCAAUAUGGGCGUGAUCAGGAUGACCCCCACCUUCCACAUGAUCUGCCGCAGCAGAGAGUGUUCAGUACCCGUAACACCGUGAUGUUCUGUUCCAUCACAGCGGAUGCGAAACACUGCAACUAGAUUUUCCGGUUUUUUUUUAAUAACACUUUUACUAACAGAAAUGAGAAAAAAAAAGUUACAUACAAUUUAAUAUUAAAUCUCUCACUUGGAGACUGUAGGAUUUCAUACCUGAGCUAAUGCAUACUUGAAGAAAGGAAGUUAUUUGAUAGAAAAUUGUACAUUGUUCUGUAUUAGUGUUUUAAUAAAUACACAAUUUAAUCUGACCAUG